GCAGCAUCACGGAUCAGAACCGAAGCGGGCAGGAGUGGACUGAAGGCGGCCGCCGUCGUGUCUGUGCUGUCAACUGUUGAUUCCUGCCUCCGUCAAUGACUCUUGGAAGGUUUAUGAACAACCGUGUUCCUUCUAACAAGAGAUACCAGCCCACGGACUAUGAGCAUGCAGCCAACUGCGCCACGCAUGCGUUGUGGAUAAUUCCCAGCCUGCUGGGCAGCUCCCUGCUGCACUUCCGGUCCGAGGACCAAUGGGAGCGUGUGUCUGCCUGGGUGUAUGGGGCGGGCCUCAGCUCGCUCUUCACCAUCUCCACCCUCUUUCACACUGUGGCCUGGAAGAAGAGCCACCUACGCGGUGUGGAGCAUUGUUUCCACAUGUGCGACAGGAUGGUGAUCUAUUUCUUCAUCGCUGCCUCCUACGCUCCUUGGCUCAACCUCCGAGAACUGGGCCCCUGGGCGAGCCACAUGCGCUGGCUGGUGUGGGUCAUGGCGCUGUCCGGGACCGCCUACGUCUUCUUCUUCCAUGAGAGGUACAAGAUCAUGGAGCUCAUCUGCUACACGGUGAUGGGCGUCUUUCCCGCCUUGGUCAUCCUCUCCAUGCCGGAGCAGGCGGGCUUGUGCGAGCUGCUGGUGGGCGGAGCCUUCUACUGCCUGGGCAUGGUCUUCUUUAAGAGCGACGGCAUCGUGCCCUUUGCCCACGCCAUUUGGCACCUCUUCGUGGCCACGGGGGCGGCCGUGCACUACUACGCCAUCUGGAAGUACCUCUACGCCCAGCCCGUCAGCCCGGUCCGGACCUCCAGAUGACAGCGCCGCUGACCCCCCAGUGAGCUGUUAACCCCGCCCCCUCUAACCCCUCCCCCCCUACUACAGGCCGCCACAGAACGUUCCAUUUCAACUGGCUGUAGUUUGCUUCCAGGGGAGGGCACAUCAUUCAGUGUCUUUGUGUCAAGUGUUUACACUCGCUAUGGUGACUUCACCGUGCUCAAGUUCAUUUCAGAGCGCUUGAUGGUGUUUUUUACUGCUAACAACUUUCUUUGACGCUCAUUUGCACAUCAAGCAUGACUGUUUAUAGCGGGGGUGUCCAAAGUAAGUCCUAUAUUAUUAUUUUUUCACAGACAACACAAAACUACCAUUAUUCAGGUUGUUUUUGCCUCAUUCCUGUGAGAACCCUGUGUGUGACGGGAGCAUUAAGGAGUGGACCUAUCCAGGACUAGCUGCAGGGUGCUGGAACAACCACCAGGUAGUAGGGGUGUGAAUCUUUGGGCACCUAACGAUUUGAUCCAAUUCCUGGGGUGACUAUUCGAUUCAGAAUCGAUUCUCGCGUUAACUCUAUUCUCGAUUCAAAACCGAUUCUCGCAAUCUUUCAUUUGGUAUAAUAAUUGAAACUUUAAUGAAACCGAUUGCAGGUUAGAAGAAGCUUCUUCUGGUUGCAUGAAGAUGGCCGAAAAACGUCUUUAAAAAAAAUAAUACAUUAUGUCAGGUUCAAACACUGAUGACAUCUAUUAAACAAGACAAGAAGCAAGAAAAUCAAACCGACAGAAUUAAAUUUGGCUCAAUGAGGAGAAACACGUAGAGUAGACACUGUACCUUUUGUACGGUGUCGUCACACGCUCUGACGAAAGAUUGUACGCCUCCUCUUUUAUUUGGACUUUCCUGAUUACAUGGUAACAGCUGUUUCUAAGGGACUGGGGUCGUAAACAGCCAUCGCCUUUGAUUACAAACAGUUCAAAGAAAAGGUCGUAAAACGGUUCAAAGAAACAGAACAUCCUGUUGCUUCCCAUCCUACACAGUGGAGUUUUACAAGCCUUCUUGGUAGGAUCAAAGACAGCUUUUGUCUUCUCGCCGGGCGAGCUAAACUCAAUGUAACACAAAGUUUUGUGAUAACUUAGAUGCAAUUAUUCUAACACAUUCAUAUAUAUAUAUAUAUAUAUAUAUAUAUAUACACACACACACAAUCUUUUUUUUAUUUUUAUGGAUUUUUGAAAAUGAUUAAUUUAUUUUGAAUCAUGAUGAAUAACAAUUGCGAUUCGGAUGUCAGUCCAUUUUUUGUGCACCCCUACCAGGUAGCAUAUGUAAGCAGAUAAUGUAUCAUCUCUUUUGAACAUAUCAGGUCGGAACUGCAUUCUUCACUCACGCUUUAAGUGUGGGCUGAGGCAACAAUUGACCCAGACCCACUGUAGUUUGUUUGUAUGUCCCACUCCUUAACGCUUCAGUCACACGCAGGAUUCUCACAGGUAUGAGGCAAAAAUAAAACCUUACCUACUUAAACAUGAAUGUUAAGUAGGCUCAUAGCAUGCAAUUCAAGAUAGUUCUAGCUUUCUUUUCAUAUAAUUUUGAUGAUUAUUGCUUACAGCUGACGAAAUCCCUGAAUUUAAAAUCUAGAAGAAUGUUGGGGUUUUCAAAAACUGUGAGCCGUGACCAUCAAAAUGAAUAAAGGCUCGACAUACCUCACUUUGCAUGUAAUGAGUUCAUAUCACAUAUUAGCUUCACAUUUGAAGUUGAAUUGCCGACUUGCCGUAGUUUUGAAGCAAUGCGUGAUGGGAAUCCGGAUGUUGUGUCAGUGUAUUAACGUGCCGGCUGGUAUAAACACACGCUGAGAAAUAGCUCCGUUGCCCCCUCCCCACCCCCGCGAUCCUGAAAGGGAUAAGCGGUAGAAAAUGGGUGGAUGGAUGGAGACUCGGGUGUUUAAGAAAACGAGAUGAUUGAAUGUUAAAUGAAAACCAAUUCAUAUUAGAUUAAUAAACAAUUAUUACCAUAUAAACACACACAAAAGUACCAUUGAAUAAUGGUAUUUUGUCCCAGGUGCCAAGAAUCGGUGCCGUAUCGGUUCAAAUGUUGACUUUUGGGCACCCCUGUUUUAUAGUGUUUUUUUGAGUGGUAAACACACUAAUAUAUUUAUAUAUUUACAUUCUAAGCAGAGGGUAUGUACAGAUUCAUACAAUAUCUAUUUAUGCAGGACAGUAAUUCAGACUUUGACGACUUUUUGGUUUAUUUUUUUCCAGCGAGUGUGGGGCAAGUCGACACUGCCGGAAUAUUAAUUUUAUUUUACUGCCACAAGUGACAGCACAGUGCAACGUAAACAUGAUCGUACCAAAAGCUUUUAAAACACUUUUUUAACCGACAGGCGCCGUAAAUAAUGCAAGAAAUGCCGCACAUUAACGCCGUAAACAACCAAGGGCGACAUCUUUGACGUCAUUGUUGUUUCUCUCCUUCGUUCCUCCCUCUCUGCACUUUAUUUGCCCCCCAAGAAAUUGCAGUGUUGUAUAAAAUGGACAUACUUACCAUGACAGAGUUGCGCGUGUGAUGCCCUCGCCAAGUGACCAAAUGUGUGUUUUUUAAUCGCUUCUAUUUUAAGCACUUUACUUUUUAAGGAAUGGUUAGUUCGAAUAAUCUGAUCCCCAUCAAAGUGUCACUACUCGAUCAUCGCCUUCAUUUGGAGUCGUUUUCCAAUUCCGGAAGUGACUGCAUUCUCUAUGGACAGAAAUGUUUUUUAUGCAACUAAACAAAUUGUGGUUUGCAACCGAAAAAAGGAUUUGUUACUAUAGUGAUGGGUACCGAAUCUGUACUUUUUUUUUUUUUUUUGGAAACAGAUCGAAUCCCGCUGGUCUGAUUCACGUAAAAUCCAACGGUGCCUGUUUGCCGACUUGCACUUCGGCAUUUUGCCAUCACUCCAGCAGCACUGAGAGCGGACUCAGCCAAACUACUAACUAGUAAUGUUGCAAUUCUCAAUGCCAACAAAUCAACUCCAAAAAAAAAAGCUCCAACGUAAGCAAAGUAAGGCUCCACUUUUCCAAAGAUAUGCGAGCAUGAUGCUAAUAUACAUUGGUUUUGCUUGUUGACAUGCUACUGAUUAGCAUCAGCAAUUUUACAUGGCGAUUUCAGCGCCUCUAAAUAUGUUAAUGAAAACGACAACUAAGAUGCAUUUUACAAUCAAACAGUUGGUGCCUAAUAAGUACAAUAUUUACUGUAUUAACACUUUUUGGAGCGCAACAAAAAACACUAUACCAGGGUUUCUUAACCUUUUUGACUUCGGGGCCCAACUUUUCCACGAAAGAGGAGCUGGGCCCACUUAAAUAUUAACACUAAAAUAGUAGUGUUAUCUUACUUUUUAUUUGAAUCAUAUUCGAUAAUUACAGUGCUGAAAUAUAUAGAAAUAAAAAUGUAUUAAUCUAAUAAAAUAAUACAAAAGUAAAAAUUAUUUUAACUAAAUUUAAUAAUAAAUCAUUUAUAUUAUAUUGUAGCUGAGAUAGGCUCCAGCGCCCCCCGCGACCCCAAAAGGGAAUAAGCGGUAGAAAAUGGAUGGAUGGAUGUUUAUUAAUAAACUAUCAAUGAAAUGAAAAUACAGCUUUACCACUUUAGUCAUAAU